AUCGAAGCGUGGAGGGUCUAAAUACGUUUGGGCCUGAAAAUGAAUUAGAGGCCCAUGAGGCCAAUAAGCCACAGAGUUGUUAUCCACUUUUCCUCUUCCACGGAGAAAGAAGCGAGAGAGUGAGGCCAUGCCUGUGUCCGUACAUUCCGUUAUCGCCACGAACCUAGCGACUACAGUAUCAUCGAUUUGGUUUCACCGGGAUGUUUCUCGCCGUCGAAUCUUCUCCAGCUCCGUGAAAUGCUCGGUGGAGACGACGGAGGCUGACCGGUGGGUGAAGCUGAAGAACGGUAACGAUUCACUGGAGAUAUGCAGAGUUCUUAAUGGAAUGUGGCAAACGAGCGGAGGAUGGGGGAGGAUUGACCGAAACGACGCCGUUGAUGCAAUGCUUCGACACGCCGAUGCUGGUCUCUCUACUUUCGAUAUGGCUGAUCAUUAUGGUCCUGCUGAAGAUCUUUACGGCAUUUUUAUCAAUAGAGUUCGUCGAGAGCGUCCACCGGAGUAUUUGGAGAAGAUUAAAGGUUUGACAAAAUGGGUGCCUCCUCCAAUAAAGAUGACAAGUAGCUAUGUUCGUCAGAACAUUGAUAUAUCGCGGAAGAGAAUGGAUGUGGCUGCUCUUGAUAUGCUUCAGUUUCAUUGGUGGGAUUAUGCGAAUGAUGGCUAUCUUGAUGCACUGAAACAUCUCACUGACCUGAAAGAAGAAGGGAAAAUCAAGACGGUUGCUUUGACAAAUUUUGAUACAGAGAGACUUCAAAAAAUCUUAGAGAAUGGAAUCCCGGUUGUCAGCAAUCAAGUGCAACACUCUAUUGUAGAUAUGCGUCCUCAACAGAGAAUGGCUCAGCUUUGCGAGCUUACAGGCGUCAAACUUAUAACAUAUGGGACAGUAAUGGGUGGUCUCCUGUCAGAGAAGUUUCUUGAUACCAAUCUAACAAUCCCUUUUGCUGGCCCUCGCUUGAAUACUCCUUCUCUGCAAAAGUACAAAAGGAUGGUUGAUGCAUGGGGAGGGUGGAAUCUAUUUCAAGGUCUACUUCGAACAAUGAAGAGCAUAUCCACAAAACAUGGAGUCUCUAUACCAACAGUGGCUGUGAGAUAUGUACUAGAUCAGCAAGGAGUUGCUGGAUCAAUGAUUGGGGUGAGGCUCGGGUUAGCGGAACACAUACAAGACGCAAACGCUAUAUUCUCAUUGGUAUUGGAUGAAGAAGAUGUGAAUAGCAUUCAAGAGGUUACCAAGAAAGGUAAAAAUCUUCUCCAAGUGAUUGGUGAUUGUGGAGACGAAUACCGACGUAUAUGAUGUGGUAGUAUAUACUCUAUACUGUAUACAAUAUCAACUCAUGUAAUUACACUUUUAUGUGUAGAGAAUCAUUUUUACAUUAAUAAGACUUCCUUGGCUUUAUUUCU